GUUGUGAAAAAAUCCCUAGAAAAUCUGGUGGUUCCCCUGAAAUAAUUCGAAACCAACUUCAGGGAUUAAUGCACGCUUCAGGUCCACAUAACCUUUCAAUAAUCUGAAGGGUUUUCCAUGUUUAAUAACUAAAAUAUUUAAUAUUUAGAGCAAUCAAGUAAUUAAAAAGCGAUAACUAACGAAAUGGCGGAGACUAUGAGGCAGAAUAUUGCAGUGAUGCUGAGGAGUAUCGAAAGGUACAAUCCUGAGAAUUUAAUGACCCUCGAGAAAUACGUGGAGCUGCAGGCCAGGGAGAAUGCCUACGACCUGGAGGCGAAUUUGGCACUUCUCAAGCUGUACCAGCUGAAUCCUCAGCGAUUUGACAUUCACGUCACCUGUCAAAUCCUUCUCAAGGCCCUUACGAAUCUCCCUCACACGGAUUUCGUCCUCUGCAAGUGCCUCCUCAGUGAGAAAAUCAUGCAGCAAGAUCCCAUUAGUCAGAUUAUUUAUCUGGGCGAUAUCCUGGAGCAGUGCGACUUCCAGCAAUUCUGGGACAGAAUGAUAUCGAUGUCGGAGUUGUGCGAUAAAAUCGUGGGUUUUCAGGACUCAAUCCGAAAAUUUGUGUGUCACGUCGUAGGCAUUACCUUUCAGACAAUUGAUAAGAGUCUGCUUGCGCAAUUGCUCGGGAGUGUCGAUGACUCAACGCUGAAACACUGGGUGAAGAAAUACGGGUGGCAGGAGCAAAGCAAGAGCGUGAUUUUCAUCGCAAAUCAAGACGAGAACAUCAAGACAAAAAAUAUAACCGAGAAAAUUGAUUUCGAAAACGUCGCCGGUCUCAUGGCCGCAUGUCUGUAACUCUAAUUCCCAAUAAAUUCCAUUGAUAUUUCAA